CGGUGUUUGGCCAGUAGAGGCGCAACCACAUGGACAACACGAAUAGAAAGAAGUGCUAGUUUCAACUGUCCAUUUGGUAAAUUGCUCCAUUAAUUUAAUACUCAAUUUGGAUUUACCCUUCAGUUGGUGAAAAAAGAUUAUUCAUAUCUGCUAAGGAACACAGCAUGGAGACCUCCGACGACCACAAACUGGUGCGACCCAAGGAGGGGUUCUGCUCUUUGCUGCAGAUGGCAGGAGCCAACAAAGAUGUCUUCACCAUGAAGGAGGUGAUGUUCUACCUGGGUCAGUACAUCAUCCAGAAGCAGCUGUAUGACCAGAAGCAGCAGCACAUUGUGCACUGCUCCCACGACGCACUGGGCCAUGUGCUGGGCGUGGACAGCUUCUCUGUCAAAGAACCUCGGGUUUUGUUUGCCAUGCUCACCAAGAACCUGGUGGCCGUGCCGAUACAAGAGUCCUCGCAAGGCUUAGAUGGAGCAACCAGCAGCAGCCAGAUGGAGCAUACAGAGGAAGCUGGAAGUCGCUCCUCAACACCAAACAGGAGGGGUCAAAGGCGGCGGCGGAGGAGGAGCCGCAGGAGCAGCGGCACAGGCCCCACCCACAGUGUAGAGGAGGACAAGGAAGAGGGCGCAUCAGAAGAGGAUGAGGAGGACAAGGAAGGUCCAAAGAGGAGGAGGUCAGACAGCUACUCCCUGACCUUUGAUGACAGCCUCUCCUGGUGCGUGAUUGGUGGACUGGGAGGUGGGGGGGACAGACGAGGCAGCCAAUCAUCAGACUCUCACAGCGCAUCGGGGAGGUCAGAGGUCACGGCCCCCGCUGUCCCCGAUUCCGACAGCGAUAACUUCAGUGUGGAAUUCGAGGUGGAGUCCAUGGAUUCUGACGACUAUGGCGAAGACGACUCGUCCUUGUCUGCAGACGACCAGGUGUACGAGGUCACCAUCUUUGAGGCGGAAGAAGACGACUCCUUUGAUGAAGACACGGAGAUCACAGAAGCUGAUUACUGGCGCUGUGAUAAAUGUGACGAGUUGAACCCGCCCCUCCCAAGAAACUGCCUCCGCUGCUGGACGCUGCGCCAGGAUUGGCUGCGAGACACUUCCUGUCCUAGGGCCCUGCCCACAAAGCCAAUGGCACAAUCAGCUGUGAGAGAUGCUGCAGGUGGUGAAGCGGAGGAUAGCGAAGGAGUCGAUGUUCCGGAUGGGAAGAGAACAAAAACUCCCGCUCUCCAGUCGCAGUGCCUCUCUGACUCCGCCUCCUCCGCCCCCAACUCCCAGGAUCUCCUGUCCAGCUUCCAGCCGUCCUCUUCCUCCUGCUGCUCCUCGCAGGAGAAGGUGUGGACAAGCGAGUCCCAGCCGUCCUCCUCCGCCGACUCUCAGGAGCCUCUCCAGUUUCCCCCGACCGAUCCUUCUCCCGUCCCUCCCGCUCCCGGUGACGUCCCUGAGCUGGAACGCAGCAUGUCGGCUGAGUGGCGCCUCCCGGACUCAUGUCUGGACCCGUGUCUCAUCUGUCAGUCCCGACCCAAAAACGGCUGCAUCGUCCACGGGCGGACGGGACACCUCAUGUCCUGCUAUGUCUGCGCCAGGAAGCUGAAGAAGAGGAACAAGCUGUGUCCAGUCUGCAGGCUUCCCAUCCAGUCUGUGGUCCUCACCUACCUCAGCUGAGGCCCCUCCCCGCCCUCACUGAAGUGUGUAUGUGUUGCCUACCUCAGCUGAGACCCCCAGCCCCCGUCAGAGCUGGUGUGCAGUGACAUGUUUAAGGAUGAAUAUUCUAUAUCUACCCCCCCCCUCUACUGCUCCUGCAAAUCAUCUUGUUUUCAGUCCAACAUGUGGAAAAUUCUAAAAUCAGAUGAAACUGGGGUGUUUAGUAAUAUUAUUGAUCCAUUGUUUAGCAGGAAGCUAACAGCGAAGAGACAGGAUUGCAGUUUUAGUGAACAUUUGCUCUUUGUGUUUUUACUCUGUUUAGCAGAAGGUCACUUCAUGAUUUUUCCAAAGCAGUUUAUGAUAAAAAUAAGUAUAUUUUCCAAAUGUCUCCUGAAGCAGGAAAUCCUUUGCCUUAAGAAGUGUAACUUGUAUUUUUGGCAGGAAGUUUCCUUGAAAGAAUGAAUCCUAGAAACUAACCAGACUGUUUUUUUCUUGGAAGCUUUAUGGCGCCAAUUUUAGAAUGGAUUGUGUGUAAAUCAGUAUUUAUUUAUUUAAGCAGACACUUUGUAUAAACUCUUUGAAUAAUACGAUGAUUAAUCUAUUGAAGUUUCUAAUGUUUGUCAAUAAAAAUGUCAUU